CUCCAACAACUCGCCUUUCCACUGUCCGAAGCCGCGGCUCCAACGGCUACUCUCUCUCUAUAAUACCCCAUUUCAAAAUCUAAGUAGACGUAGAGUGUCAGAUUCAGACCACCAACUGUCAAAAACCCUAAAAAUAACCAUCAGCUCCUAGGCUUUUUCUUCCGCAAAAGAAACUAGAGGCUUUCACAAGAGCUUCUCGAAGGCUUGCCAUGGAGGAGCUGAGGGCGAUUUUGAAGGAGGGUUUAUCUUUGAAUUACGAGGAAGAGGAGAUUUAUGAGACGAUACAGGCCCCAAAAUGGGUCGAUUUGCGGAUGGCUGAUCGAUUUCAGCCGGACGAUAAUGCCUGGUUUUGCCUUCAAGUUGGGUGUAACCAGAAGCAUGAGGAAGUUCUUGACCCAGCUGCUCUACGAAAAGCAUUCAUACUACGGGUCAUGGCAGCAAGAAGCCCCAACAAACCCCUCAGAAAGACAAGGAAUCAAGGAAGUCCUUGUGUGAAGUCUCCUCUUUCUGCCCCUGCAAAAUCAGUAAAGGACCGAACACCAGGAAAGAGUAAAUCCAGACUGUUUCCUCGAAUACUCGAGAGUGAAAGCUCCAAACAUGAAACCGCCACGAAACUAGACUUGGUUUCAAACAACUGCUCAACUCCAGAUAUUAAAAAAAAUCCAAGGCAUGAUCACACAAAAAGCAAGGCUUUGACAACUCCCCGAUACAAGAAGUCCUCUGCCGAACCCCAACCUUUUCAUAGUGCUCAGACUCGAAAAGGAACAGGGAUCAAUACGGUUAAGACUGGAAAAGUGGCUAAGGUUCUGGUGUUUCCCUCUCCAAGGAAGCCAAUUAAGAAGAGACACUCAUUGAAGGAUGUUACCCCCAUAGAAACUGAGAUGAAGAAGCUUGAGAUAAGCAGUGGAGCAAAGAAUGUUUCGGGCCAUUUCUGUAAAUCGUCUAGAUGUGCAUCCAAUGAUGCUUACUAUUCUAGACCUACCCCAGUUCCAGUAAAAUCGCUUCUAAGUACUUGCAAAGAACCUGGAGCAUCUUUACGCCUAACAAAGAAAAAGGUUCCGAGAAGCCUGCAAAAAUGCAACAGAUAUUUGGAUAUGAAAUCUCUUUCACCUAUCAAUGAAAGAAAACCUUAUCAGAAAGAUAAUAAGAAUGCAACAAAAGAAGACCAUAUAGAGCAGGUUGGUGAAGGAGGGAAUGGAUAUAGUAGUGACAUGGAGAUUGAUGGAAACUCGAGAAAAGGUUCAAUGGAAGAGGCUUCCUCUUCAAGUAUCGCUUCAAGAGAAGGGGAAUUAAAUAGGCAUGAAGAGGACCAAGAAACUGAAAAAGAAGGAAGGAGUGCAUCCAUUCCAGAAACAGAGUCAGAACCCCAUAAAGAAAACCUUGGGCCAAUAGCUGAAGAUUCAGAGCCAUCAUCCCUAAGUGAAUUGCUUCAAGUUGUGUUAAAAGAUGUGUUGCCCAUUGGUUCAACAGUUUUGGGUUCCAAUAGUUACCUGCUGGAGUCUAGCAUAACUGAUGAGAAGAUGACUUCCCCCAAUAGUGUCAACAAAAAUGCUGAACGCCUUGGGGAACCAGAUGCUCAUAAUCUGAAGGAAAAUAACAUCAGUGAUUGCCACGUUGGAAGUGAUCUGAGCCUGAAUGACAAGCAUCAUGUUCCUUCUGAUGAUACUCAAGUGACAAAAAAUCCUAUUCAAAUCUCUGAAAACAACACUCUUGCUCCCAUGGAUAACAACCAAGUGAGAGAAAGUCACUCUCAUAUCACUAAUAAACCUCUCAUUCCCUUGGAUGAUUCCCAAGUGAGAGAGAAUCCCAAUCGCUUUCCCAAAGAGAAGACAGCAAAACAAUCUUCUGGAAAUUCUGCCUUAGAUUCAGAAAAGGAGAAUGACGAUAAAGAAAACACUUCAGACUCAGCAAAUAACAGUAACAAGCUUAACUCAUAUACAUUUUGUUCCGAGGAAAAAAUGGGAAUUCAGGCUGACUGUGGAAACACCCAAAAGAUGGCGAACUGCCUACAGGUCAAAGCUUCUUCAGGAAAUCUAGCCACUGUUUAUGGAGCAAAGUAUAAGAAACCAAAGCCCACGAAUCCAAAGCCUUUCCGGCUGAGAACUGAUGAAAGAGGAAUUUUAAAGGAAGCUAACCAGGAGAGAAGGCUGCAUCUCCUUGCCACAUUGAAAGAAACAAACUCACAGGAAGGAAAGAAACAUGAAGUUCACCAACAAAUGCAGAGAGAUGAUAAGAAUCAUCAGCAACAUGGACCAUGCAGAAGUGACAACAGUAACCUCGGAGACAAUCAAACUAAGACAGAACCAAGAGUUCACAAGGAGAGACUGGGAUCCACCCAAUGCUAUGGAUCAGAAAAAUGCACAGAGAACAAAAUGGCUCUAAACACUCCCAUUCGCAGGAAAAAGUCGGAUGGAAACAAAGAUGAAGUAUCUGAAACUAAACAGAAACAGGCUGUUAAGCUUCUUCGUUCACCACAACCAGUCAAGCCUCAAAGAAGAACACCCUCAUCAAAUCCUAAGGAGCCAAAUUUACAUAGGACCCAUAUGCCAAAGACCUUCAUCAGAAAACCAGCAAGAGAGGUCUCCUAGCCAGGGCAAGUUGUAACGUGAACAACUCCAUUCAAUGUUCUGUUGAAUUUAUUCCAUUUCAUUUCUGUUGAAUUUGUUUUGUUUUUUUUCUUGAUUGAGUUGUGCUGAAAAUCAGCAAAGGUUAUGUAUGCCAUUAUAGGCGUUCAGGACUUCUAUACAUGGAUGAGGAAGAUAUGGCAUCUUCUGCAUUGUGAGUCCAUUAGUUCAAGAACAUAAAGAGAAAAGUUCUUGUAUAUUCGUGUCAUUGAUUAGCUGAAAGCGAAUUUGUGAUGCAGCUUUCUCGAGCCUGUUUGUAUUCAUUUGGAUUGACAAUAAAAAUAUACAUGCCAUUUAUCA